GCCGCGUAAGACUCAUCUCAACAUCAAACGAACCAUCGUCAACACGAUGGAGACACUAGUGGUGCUCACUGCUUUGGUGUGUGGCGCCAUAGCAGCCCCAGCACUACACGAACAAGGCUUUCAAGAAUUCAAGACAACACAAGAUUUUUCGGAAGAUUUGACGCUACGUGAGAAGAAGUCUCCGGCCGGUAAUCAUGGAUUUACUGAAUUUUCUAAUAUCGACACAUCACCAAGUCAUGCUUUCGAAUUGGAUUCAUUUCCUGAAACAGCUCGAAGUUUAAAUUUUAAGAAGCCUAUUAUUGUCAAAAAGAAAGUUGGAUAUCAUUUGUAUCGGGAUUCUGACGAGGAAAAAGAACAGGCCAAUUCACGUGAAAGCUGCAAGGAAAGAGUCAAAGUGAAACUGUGUGACGAGAAAAUCUUACCAAAAUCUUCAGAUUUAAUGAGGACCACGACAAUUGAAGAUAUCGGUGAUCAUGUUAUGUCAGAAGAUGAAAUGAAGCACAGUCUGAAAAUGGCUAAGGAAGCCAUAGCAAACUUAGAAAGGGAUUUAAGGAAGAUGGAACAAAAACCUGAAACAAAAUUAACUCAGAGAGAACACGAUGACGUUGAUGCUCACAUCCAUGAAGAUAUUGAUGCUGCAAGACAAGUUCUUGAACAUAUUCAUAAAAAUUUUGGUGAUAUGGAAACAAUGAGUAUUCAUACAACAACGGCAAAAGAUUCAGAUUCACUGCACAAUGUUCACGUUACGAUAGCAAAAACUGAAGAAGAAAGAAUGGCUCAAUGGAAAGAAGCUAUGAAAAAUAUUCAAAAAAAUUCAGAAAUUGCAAGGAAUAUCGAAGACAGUUUUAAAUCUUUCAAUGAUUUUCAAAUGACACAAACUCCUAACAUGAAUGACAAUAUCGAUAGCCAUCCAAUAUUUCAUGAAAUGCGUGCAGGAAAUAUUGAAUUGAUCGACAAAACUCAAGAUAAGCCCAAGCAAUGCGACAGUAAAUUGCUUGAUGCAAAAGAGGCCAACAAUCAAGGUGAAAGAAAAGAUUCUACCGAUGAUAUGAAUAGUUUUGCUUCUACCAUCGUAGAAUCACACGUAAAUGCAAACAACGAUAACCUUGGUAGAAAUAAUAAUGGAGAAACAAAUUUUCAUGAGAACCCUACUACAAAUACGAUGAUUGGAUCUUUAAAUGAAGAUGACAGUCAUAUCCAACGAAGCAAAAGUUCUGAUAUUCAUUUUGAUGGAAAAAAGCAAUUUGACACCGCUGACUCAGAACAGAGUAAAAUUAAUUCUAUGAGAAAUGUGGAACAGGGUUCUGGAAAAGACCUUCAUAUUAAUAACAGUGAAACGAUGACCACUGAUGGAGAUAUCUUGACUCCUAAUUCAAUUGUACCAGAGAUUCAUAUGAAAUCAACAGAACCAGAUAAAACAAGAAAUGCUGCCGACUGCUUGGACAAGGAUGUCGUAAAAACUUUCAAUGAUGAUAAAACCAACACAAACAAACCCGAGGAUAUGAACACAUUGACUAAAUCCGCAACAAAUAAUGAUAGUUUAGAUACUCAUGAGAAUAAUCAAUUACAAGCAGAACAUGGUAAAUCUGUUGACACUUUAGAUACUACUCCAUCAAAUCAGCUUUUGCAUCAAACCAGGAGUAAUAAUGAUGAUGCAAUGACAGGCGAAACUCAACACGUGCAGCAUGCAAUCGCCAAACCUUUUGGUGAUACGGAAAUAAACCAGUUCCAGGGAAAAAUGGGACAAAACGAACAGAUGAUGCCUAAAUCUCAAUUGACUAUCCAAGGACAAGAUUUUCAACCACUACACAAAGAAUUACAUACAGGAAUGAAAUCGUCUGAUAAUGAUAAUACACCGAAACAACCCUCAAAACAUGCAUUUAAUAUGCGUUGGUCCUCUGAUCAGAAGACAAACAAUGAACAUAAGUUAUCCAAUGGAAUGGAUGAUUUUCCAUCGGACGUUCAAAAUAGGGCUCCAUCUUUAAACACGCACUUUAUGAAUGGGCCUCAUAUGAUGCCUUCAAUGACAUCUUCGAGUAAUUUUGAUGCAUCAAGCACUCACGCGCACAUCCAUACAUCACAUAUGAAUAGAAUUCAUGGUCCUUUGACUCAUGGAAAAUCGCAAGAUAUGGAUAGCAUGGCACAACCUAAUUUUCAUAUGAAUAUGAGAGACGCAGGAGUCAAUUUCGGUCCUGAUAAUAAUAUGAUGCAUUGGAAACCGACACAUGAAAGUGCUAGAACUGCCUACGGUCCACUCGCACCGGUAGCUGGUUCUGUCGCGUCUCCAAGCGCGGUUGGGCUUUUCCCAAAUGCCAAUGUAGGGGGCUGUAGUAUCCCGUUAUUGCUGAGCUGUUCUCCAUCAGUGACUUCAGGUAGUUUGGCGAAAGCAUUGCCUGCAGGAUACGCUUCGCCAGCAUACAGAACCGAAGACGAGUUUAGUUUCUUCCCCAACAAGAGGGAGGUGAAAAAAAUGAAUGAAAUUUCGGACACCACAAAUAUUAAAACACCAACAAACACGAAACAGAAAAUCAAAACAAAUUUCGGACACCAAACAGUAAUGGAUUUGGAACGGAUAACGGGAAGAUUAUACUAUAGCUUGACGAUUUUAUAAUUUAUUCAGUUUUCUAUUAAAAUUAUUUAUAUAUUUUAUGCUGUAAGACAUCACAAACUAAAUAUUUAAAUAUUAUAUUGUACGAUACAAUAGUGUAAAACAUUUCAUGAAUUACAUUUUUGUAGACUUUCGAUUUACUGAAUGCGUACCUUUAUAAUAAAGCGAUUGUAUUUGAAUUGACCCAACAUACUGCUGAACAGAGUAAUAUGAGGCGAAUUGCAAAAUAAACGACAUUAUUCGAAA